AUGAGGGGUAUACUGAUAUUCGAUCAUUUGAAUGACGUUUUGUUUACCAAGUGCGACAGGCACUUUGCCGAGCACAUACAAAAGCUGGCCGUGGCGCAAGGAUUACUCGGCGAAAACAAGGAUGAAAACGAAGCAGAAAGUUUCAAGCCCAAUCCAAACAUUAUCAUGCAACUUUUUUCACCUCUCAUCACUUCACAAUGUGUCAUGGCAUCACAAUUUGGUAAUACGUAUAAAGUCAUGAAAUGUUUGGAUGGUACAAAUACAGUAUUCGAUGAAUACAUGGGAUACACAUUUGUUUAUGUAUCUCAUGAAGAUACUGACUUGAUGAAAAGGACUUUAGGCGUAUGUAUUGCAAUUGUUAAACACUUGUGUGGCCCAGAUGUUUCUUUGUUGAAGUCAAGCAGACAAAAAGUUCAGCUUGUGUCACAUCUCAUGGAUGCAUGGCAUUGUCUGAGAAAAACUGAACAGAACAUUCUCACUGAAUCGGUCGAGCAAUUAUCUGUCAAUCCAGAAUUAGGAUCAGCAAUUUUAAAAGUGUUAAGUGAUGCAAUCGACAAAUUGAAAACACAGGCAGAAUUUGCCAAUAUACACUUGUUGGUGCUAGUUCAACAUAAGUUUCUCUCGCUCUUCUCAAGCCCAAAAGCACAAGAUUUGCUUGGAUCUGAUAUAUUGUUGAUGAUUUUGUUGUGCUACGUAGCUGAUAAGGAAAAAAAUGGAGAAUAUGAUAUUAUGGUAAAAGAUACUAAAGAGGAUUGUAUUCUAAUCACUCGGAGCAGUGCUGUGAACAAAGAAGAUGAAUAUGUGGUGCCAGGUAAUGAUAGAAAAUUAUCAAAUCCUACUUCUGAAGAUAUAAGUAUAUUAUUUGAAGGAUCAAGACAUUCAUCUAUAUGUGAAAGUUUAUGUUUAUUUGCUCUUGAAGGAUUGUACAGUCAAGUAAUGAUUCUUGGAUCAGAAGAAUGUGGCUAUACUGCUAAUGCUGUUCAUGUUUAUGAAAUAGCAGAUGAUAUACAUUUAGUAACAAUAAUAGAAAUGACAAAUAUGUCCAUAUCAUUUGGACUGUAUAACAGUUUUUAUCAUUUAAAUGUCAUGAAUGGUUUACAAAUGCAGAGAGAUUUUGAAGAUCUGAGGCCAGCUUUAGAUCACUUGGAUGCAUCUAUUAAAAAAACCUUUGAUGGCAUAAAAAAAAAUAGAGGAUGUAUUCGUAAUGAAGUAGAAAUGUUUCAAAGAAGAUUACAAGUCAAAUGGGAUUUUAUUAAGAAAAAAUAUUUGGAAAUUAUCAAAUCUAGAGAUCCAGAUGCUAUUUUACAAAUUGAGGCUAAUCAAACUGCUUUCACAGAUGCAUUAAGAGAUUUGUUUAGAUUAACGUGUUUAGAUAAAAAUUUUCUUAAACUUGGAACUGACAUGAUAACAACAGUCAGUAGACUUGUGAGUCAAAAACUGAAUGACAUCAGUGAUUUUAUCAAAGUUAAAGCAUUAAAAAAUGUUGAAGCAGCAUCGAAAAAUUCAUUACCCAUCAACAAAUAUCUGGAAGAAUUCCCUGGAUUGGUGCAUUUCAUUUAUGUAGAUAGAACAACACAUAGACAAACAGCUCCAAUGAUAGACUUCACUAACAAUGAAAUCUUAUCAUUGACAAAAAAGAAGAUAUGGUCUAUGGUUGAACAGAGUAGGGUACAUUUACAAGAAGGGCACAUGACAGUAAUGUGGAAAGACACAACUUUUAAUUAUUCAUAUUUCUUAUGGUUUGAAGAUGAUUCUGGUACACCAUUAAAAUGUAAGACAAUAUUUAACCAUGUAACAAAAAAUCUUCCUCCACCUGGAAUAAUUUGUGGAGACUAUUACAGGAAACUAGCUAACAUUUACUUCCCAAAACUUUCAGCAAACAAAGUGAGAGUUUAUGAACUAUAUUGUGUACAUUUAGGACUUGUAACUUCUUCUUGUGUCUUAGAACACUCUAGGAGACUUGCAGCUACAAUUUGGGAAGUAACAGGCUUAGCUAAUAAUCCAGCUGAUUUGUUAUAAAUUUUUCUAUGCAAUAAUGUAAAACCGAUCAAGUGCAGUAAAAUGAAUUUUUAAUGCUGCAAAAACCGUUUAAUAGUAUUUAAGGAACAUCACUUGUUUAAUUUAAAAAUAAAAUAAUAUAAUACAAUAAUCAUACAAUAAA